AUGGCCUCAACUUCUGGCAAUGCAGAAGCUCGUUCUCAGGUUCUCCUGACUACAAGUACACAAGAAACCAAAGAACUUGUUUUAGCUAAAGAUCGCUUGCUUGCAAAAGGACUUGAUUUGGCCAAAGAUCGCUUGCUUGCAUUACCUCAAGAAGAAUCAGAAAAAUAUACAGGAUCAAGGGAGCUCGUUUUAAGAGAAAAUGUAUCACUUGAUGCCUAUCUAAAAUAUCGUGAACGUGACCCAGAUCUUUCAGUACUCAUAUACUUAGACAAUGGAACAAUCAAAGCGUAUGAAUUACCUACCUUUCCUCAUUCAAGAGUAUCAGCAACAAUCAAAGUUUCAAUGGGCGCAUGGAAUCGUGCGGAUUUGGUGUACGGAGAUGAUGUGACUCUGAUUCUAGGUGCAAAUAGUUCGAAAGAGCCAGAUUCAUGGGUUCGACCAAAAUAUCGUAUUAGGCCAGGACCCGGUGCGCCAGCAGCAAAUAAUCUAGGAGCAGCAUACCCCACGAUGAUUAUCGAAGUUGGUCACAGUCAGAGUCUUCUCGAUCUUCAUAGAAAAGUAGCUCUAUAUUUUUCUCCACGAACCACCAUCCAAAUCGUAUUAUUGGUCAAGAUUUUUAAGCCUAAAGGAAACAAUACCAUUACACUAAUUGUGGCAAAAUACGUUCGUACAAGCCAGACUCCACUGAUUCCGAAACAAGUUAUCUCUUUUGGUACGGCGACUCCACAUCAGUCAACUAUAAAUUAUAUUACCAAUACCAUGGGAGUACCUCAGAAUUGCUUUAUUGGAUUUGGCAGAAGAGACCCAGUUACUGGAAACAACUACCCUGCUUGUAACAUGGCCAAUAUUGGGUUAUAUCUCAUGAAUAUUCCAGCCAAUGAACUCUUUGAUGGAGAUAGUACCGUUCGCCCUUUCACUCAAGCAAUAAAUCAAGGAUUUAAUUUGGAUCUUUAUGAGAUUCAGGAAGCAAUACAUUUAAGAAUUGCCAAUCAAAGACUAAGACAUAUUAUUCAAGAAGCUACACAAUUAACUAUUGAAAAACAGGAAUUAGAAAAUAAUAUUUCAAUUGCAGAUAAUUGA